AUGGUGGAAGCAGAAACGCUUACUCAUGAUUCAGUAGACACGCUUACUCAUGAUUCAGAAGAAACGCUUACUCAUGAUUCAGUAGAAACGCUUACUCAUGAUUCAGUAGACACACUUACUCAUGAUUUAGCAGAAACGCUUACUCAUGAUUCAGUAGACACGCUUACUCAUGAUUCAGAAGAAACGCUUACUCAUGAUUCAGUAGAAACGCUUACUCAUGAUUCAGUAGAAACGCUUACUCAUGAUUCAGUAGAAACGCUUACUCAUGAUUCAGUAGACACGCUUACUCAUGAUUCAGAAGAAACGCUUACUCAUGAUUCAGUAGAAACGCUUACUCAUGAUUCAGUAGACACACUUACUCAUAAUUUAGCAGAAACGCUUACUCAUGAUUCAGUAGACACGCUUACUCAUGAUUCAGAAGAAACGCUUACUCAUGAUUCAGUAGAAACGCUUACUCAUGAUUCAGUAGACACGCUUACUCAUGAUUUAGCAGAAACGCUUACUCAUGAUUCAGUAGACACGCUUACUCAUGAUUCAGAAGAAACGCUUACUCAUGAUUCAGAAGAAACGCUUACUCAUGAUUCAGAAGAAACGCUUACUCAUGAUUCAGUAGACACGCUUACUCAUGAUUCAGAAGAAACGCUUACUCAUGAUUCAGAAGAAACGCUUACUCAUGAUUCGGAAGAAACGCUUACUAAUGAUUCGGAAGAAACGCUUACUGAUGAUUCAGUAGAAAAGCUUAUUCAUGAUUCAGUAGAAACGCUUACUUAUUAUUCAGUACACACGCUUACUCAUGAUUCAGUAGAAACACUUACUCAUUAUUCAGUAGACACGCUUACUCAUGAUUCAGUAGACACGCUUACUCAUGAUUCGGAAGAAACGCUUACUCAUGAUUCGGAAGAAACGCUUACUGAUGAUUCAGUACACACGCUUACUCAUGAUUCAGUAGAAACACUUACUCAUUAUUCAGUAGACACGCUUACUCAUGAUUCAGUAGAUACGCUUACUCAUGAUUCGGAAGAAACGCUUACUCAUGAUUCGGAAGAAACGCUUACUCAUGAUUCAGUAGACACGCUUACUCAUGAUUCAGUAGACACGCUUACUCAUGAUUCAGUAGACACGCUUACUCAUGAUUCAGUAGACACGCUUACUCAUGAUUCAGAAGAAACGCUUACUCAUGAUUCGGAAGAAACGCUUACUCAUGAUUCGGAAGAAACGCUUACUGAUGAUUCAGUAGAAAAGCUUGCUCAUGAUUCAGUAGAAACGCUUACUCAUUAUUCAGUACACACGCUUACUCAUGAUUCAGUAGAAACACUUACUCAUUAUUCAGUAGACACGCUUACUCAUGAUUCAGUAGACACGCUUACUCAUGAUUCAGAAGAAACGCUUACUCAUGAUUCAGAAGAAACGCUUACUCAUGAUUCAGAAGAAACGCUUACUCAUGAUUCGGAAGAAACGCUUACUGAUGAUUCGGAAGAAACGCUUACUGAUGAUUCAGUAGAAAAGCUUACUCAUGAUUCAGUAGAAACGCUUACUCAUUAUUCAGUACACACGCUUACUCAUGAUUCAGUAGAAACUCUUACUCAUUAUUCAGUAGACACGCUUACUCAUGAUUCAGUAGACACGCUUACUCAUGAUUCGGAAGAAACGCUUACUCAUGAUUCGGAAGAAACGCUUACUGAUGAUUCAGUAGAAAAGCUUACUCAUGACUCAGUAGAAACGCUUACUCAUUAUUCAGUACACACGCUCACUCAUGAUUCAGUAGAAACACUUACUCAUUAUUCAGUAGACACGCUUACUCAUGAUUCAGUAGACACGCUUACUCAUGAUUCGGAAGAAACGCUUACUCAUGAUUCGGAAGAAACGCUUACUCAUGAUUCGGUAGACACGCUUACUCAUGAUUCAGUAGAAACGCUUACUCAUGAUUUAGUAGACACGCUUACUCAUGAUUCAGUAGACACGCUUACUCAUGAUUCAGUAGAAACGCUUACUCAUGAUUCAGUAGAAACGCUUACUCAUGAUUCAGUAGAAACGCUUACUCAUGAUUCAGUAGAAACGCUUACUAAUGAUUCAGAAGAAACGCUUACAGAAAUCUUUUAA